AUGGACUUGUCCUCCAAUAUUCUAAUUGGCUCUCUACCUCCAGAAAUUGGCAAUUUGAAACACAUUAGUGAAUUGUAUCUGUCAGAAAAUCAGUUCACAGGUGAACUUCCAAGCACCAUUGGUCAACUCCAGAGCUUGGAAUCCUUAGAUCUAUGUCAGAAUAGAUUACAAGGCCCCAUACCCUUGUCAUUUUCUAAUUUGAUAAGUAUGAAAUCCUUGAACCUCUCUCAGAAUGAUCUUUCUGGUGUGAUCCCCAAGUCGUUGGAGAAACUUUCAGAUCUUAAAUAUUUGAAUGUUUCUUUCAAUAGACUAACCGGAGAAAUCCCCACUGGAGAACCUUUUGCCAACUUCACCCCCGAGUCUUUCAGGCAAAGUGGUGCAUUGUGCGGUGCACCUCAGUUCCAUGUCAAAGCAUAUAAAAGUCAUAGAAAAUUAGGGAAGAUUCAGAUUGUCCUAAAAUUCAUUGUACCAUCGGUUGUUGCAUUAGUGGUAGUUGGAGUAGCUCUUUUAAUUUGGUGGCUACAAUUCCGAAACAAAAAGAAGCAAAUUCCGAUUCAAGUUGAUCCACCAAUUAGCAUAACACAUAGAAGAAUUUCAUAUAAUGAGAUUCUUUAUGCAACAAACCAUUUUAGUGAAGGCAAUUUGAUUGGGAAGGGAAGCAUUGGCACAGUAUACAAAGGGACAUUCUCUGAUGGGAUGAUAGCUGCUGUAAAGGUCUUUGAUUUGAAGUUGCAAAGAGCAUUCGCGAGUUUUGAUGUAGAGUACGAAGUAAUUCACAACAUUUGCCACCAAAAUCUUGUCAAGAUAAUCAGCAUUGUGAUAGAUGUGGCAUCUGCCUUGGAGUAUCUGUAUCAUGGUUCUUCAACCUCUGUUGUGCAUUGUGACCUAAAGCCGAGCAACAUCCUAUUAGAUGAAGACAUGGUCGCGCAUGUAGCUGACUUCGGCAUAACAAAGCUCUUGCCAGAGAACAAGUCAAUAACACACACAAAGAACUUGGGCACCAUUGGGUAUAUGGCACCAGAGUACGGGUUAGCCGGAGUAGUGUCCAUUGCUGGUGAUGUAUAUAGUUAUGGAAUCCUGCUGUUGGAAACAUUUACAAGAAAGAAACCGACUGAUGAUCUAUUUGUGGGAGAAGUGAGCUUAAAGAGUUGGGUAUUUGAGUCUUUUUCGAGUGCAGUGAUGGAUGUUGUGGAUUCUAAUUUAGUGAGUGUAGAGGAAGAAAAUUUUACUGUCAUACAAAUUUUUUUUCCAUCUAUCUUCAAAUUGGCUCUAGAAUGCACAUCAGAGUUACCUGAGGAGAGGAUUAACAUAGAAGAUGCCCUAGUUAGGCUCAAGAAGUUCAAAACCAUAGUUCUUGAAAAUCUAAUGAGGCCUUGA